GAUGAUGGUACAUCCACCCAAAAAGGAGACAAGCCGGCAAAAUCUUAGGCGAUUGUCCAAUUAAUUAAACAAUUAAUUAAUCUGUCAGAGAUGUAAAAAUAUGUUAUUAUCCCAAUUCCCACAACAAAUAAUCAAAACCCAAAAAGAAUGGACACGGGUGUUCCAGUGAUUGAUCUCCAAGACUUUCCGUCACAAUCCCAGAAACUAAUAGAAGCAUGUGAAAAAUGGGGAUGUUUCAGGAUCAUUAAUCACCACAUACCCAUCACUCUGAUGUCGGAGAUGAAGUCCGUCGUCAGAUCUCUGCUCGACCUUCCGCCGGAAAUCAAACGCCGGAACACUGACACCAUCCCCGGCAGCGGCUACGUAGCGCCUACCAAGAUCAAUCCUCUCUAUGAAGGCUUGGGUCUUUAUGACAUAGGCUCCACUGAAGCUGUCCAAGCCUUUUGUACUCAGCUAGACGCCUCUCCUCAACAAAGGGAGACAAUGUUAAGGUACUCUGGAGCUAUACACCAGCUAGCAAUGGAUAUUGGAUUGAAAUUGGGCCAAAGUAUGGGAUUGGGUGGUGAUUUGUUCAAGGGAUGGUCUUGCCAGUUCAGAAUAAACAAAUACAACUUCACUCCUGAAACUGUAGGACAAUCUGGUGUACAAAUUCACACCGACUCCGGAUUUCUGACCAUAUUACAGGAUGAUGAAAAUGUCGGCGGACUUGAAGUCAUGGAAAAGAAUUCCGGCGAAUUCAUAGUUGUUGAUCCCUUGCCGGGCACCCUCCUCGUCAAUCUUGGAGACGUUGCUACGGUGUGGAGCAACGGAAGGUUUUACAAUGUGAAGCACCGGGUUCAAUGCAAGGAAGCAACAAUACGAGUGUCGAUUGCCAUGUUUGUGUUAGGACCAAAGGAGGAGGAAGUUGUGGCGCCACCAGAACUGGUGGACUCCGAUCACCCUCGGCUCUAUGUUCCUUUGAAUUUCGAGGAUUACAGAAAGCUUCGACUCUCCACUGGAUUGCGUGCUGGGGAAGCUCUGGAGCUCAUACGCACUAUCAAUUCUUGAAAGAAUCACAGAAGAACAUAGGCUUUUGAUAUUGAAGGGAGAGAAAUAACACAAGUGACCAUGUCCAUUAGUGGAUUUGAUACCUGAUUAAUUAAUGUAUCUUUAUGCUUCAAUGAUCUCUAGCUAGAUCGAUUCCAAUUGUAUGACUCGAAUAUUAUGAUUCGUUAAUUCUAGCUAUUUCAAAAGUCAUUAUCAUU